UAAUGUUUGUGUUUCAGUUUCAUUUUUCUUCUUAAAUACAAUACCACAAACCUACACUAUACUUCCCUUGUCUCAACUCUCUUUCCAAACUAUUUUAUCUAUUUCACUUCUACAUAUGGGAGAAGAAGCACAAGAACUGCAACUUCACCAAAUAGAAGCUAAUGAAGCCAAAGAAACAUUAUCAUUGAAAGAAAAUUGCUUUGAAGAUCAAAAAAAUAUUAUGAUAAGUAAAAAAAGAAGAUAUUACUUCAAGAUAGCCAUUUAUGCUGCACUUGUGUUGGUAGGGCAGUCAGCUGCAACACUUCUUGGAAGAUUGUAUUAUGAAAAAGGAGGAAAGAGUAAAUGGAUGGGAACACUUGUUCAACUUGCUGGUUUCCCAAUUUUAUUACCUUAUUACUUUUUCAUCACAUCAACCAAAAAACUCGCCUUAAAUAAAAAUAAUAACAUCGUUAAUCCAAUUCCAAAUCCACCAUCUAUUUUCAUGCUAGCUUUUGUGUAUGUCUCAAUUGGUCUGAUAAUUGGAUUAAUUUGUUACUUAUUUUCAUUUGGGCUGUUAUACCUACCUGUCUCUACUUUUACACUUAUUUGCUCAUCCCAAUUAGGUUUCAAUGCUUUAUUUGCUUAUUUCCUGAAUUCACUCAAGCUCACACCUUACAUAAUAAACUCCUUAGUCCUUCUAACAAUUUCUUCCUCCCUCCUUGUGUUUCAAAACGAGUCGUCGAAUUCCACAAAUGUUUCAAAGAAAAUGUAUGUGAUUGGAUUCAUAUGCACUUUAGGUGCAGCUGCAGGGUAUGGAUUGGUCCUUUCCCUUACACAACUAGCUUUCAAGAAGGUUGUGAAGAGUGAGAGUUUCAAAGCUGUUAUGGAUAUGAUAAUAUAUCAGUCAUUGGUAGCUGUUUGUGUCCCUCUAGUAGGACUAUUUGCAAGUGGAGAGUGGAAUGGUAUAAAUAAAGAAAUGGAAGAGUAUGAGUUGGGGAAAGCUUGUUAUGUGUUGAGUUUGAGUUUCACUGCCAUAGGUUGGCAAGUCUUUAAUAUUGGUUGUGUUGGACUUAUUUUCGAGUUCUCUUCUCUAUUUUCUAAUGCUAUAAGUGUUGUGGGAUUGCCUAUUGUUCCUAUAUUAGCUGUGUUUUUCUUUGAAGACAAAAUGCAUGGGAUUAAGGCCAUAUCUAUGGUACUAGCUGUUUGGGGCUUUAUAUCUUAUAUGUAUCAACAAUAUUUGGAUGAGAGCAACGCCAAGGCAGAGAAGAGUGACACUCGUCAUGUUACAAAAGUGAUGUCUCCUUUGGAAGUGGAGGAUAUAAGACGGUGAUGACGGACACGUGUUAAUCCAAUGAUCAGGCCAAGAAGAACUAAUUCAAUAUGUAAAUUAUAAAAAUUGAGUUGGUUUAUAUCAUUGGUUCUUUUUUAUGUUGUUGUGAACCAUAUAUGAUUAAUUAAUAUAUCUUAGUGAAAUAAUAUUUGAAAAAGUUAUGAGUAAAAUGGUAUUUCAAAAAAUUUAGAACUCUUAAAUUUGAUGUGUUUUUAUGCCCUACGACAUAAACCAGUAGACACUUUUAGCGAUGACUAUUAUAGAUGUAGAUCCAUGGGUAUAUGUGUCACUACAUGAGCACAACGUGUAAAAGAGAGCGAAACAGGAAGACAUGGUGGAGACUGAUUGGUCAGAGUUAUAGGAGAUGACCGCAAGAUUGAUUCUUUGAUGUGUAUUGAUUAUUGAAUAUUGGCGUGUAUAAUAUCUUGGAGAAUUAUAAGUAUGUGUCCAAGGUACUGAUGAACAAAUUUUUUCCAGAAACAUUGACUAUAAAUUCAGAAGAUGUAGGAAGGAUUUGAUUUGCAAUAAUAUGUCAAUACCUUUAACAUCAUAACGCCCUGUCUGGUGAGGCUAGUGGUGAAGGUCGUUGACAAAUGUAACACCCAUUUUCUAACUCUAAAUUAUGACAAUUAUUCACAAAGUAUUCAUA